AUGGCUGUUCUUUGUUGCUUGGCCGAAUAUAAAAUUCGCUCGUGGUUGUCGCUGCUUAUCUGCAUCUGCGUCGCAGGACUGACAGUCGGUCAGGUCCGCUAUUCUAUUCCCGAGGAGAUGACGACGGGCUCUGUUGUUGGGAAUAUAAUUCAAGAUCUCGGCUUGGAUAUUCAGCGACUAAAAUCGGGUCGGGCUCGGAUUUUUACUGAGGAUGGCAGUGAGUAUGUUGGUCUGAAUGCGGAUAAAGGCACAUUGGUUGUAGCUAAAAGAAUUGAUAGAGAAGAAUUGUGCAAGGAAGUAUCUCCCUGCUCUCUUCACUUCCAAAUUAUCCUUGAUAAUCCAAUGGAGCUUCACAGAAUAGAUAUUGAAAUUACAGAUAUCAAUGACAAUGCUCCGGCUUUUCCCAAGAAAGAAUACAGUUUUCAGGUUAGUGAAUCUGCCGCACCAGGGGCUCGUUAUUCGCUCGAGAGCGCAAAAGAUUCAGAUGUGGAACAAAAUACAAUUCAAACAUACAAACUCAACCCUACAGAUCAUUUCAAGCUUAAUAUCGUGUCUCGAGCUGAUGGAACCAAAUAUAUCGAAAUGGUUCUUCACACACAACUCGACAGAGAAACGCAGGAAGAACAUAAAUUAACUCUGACUGCAAUCGACGGUGGUAAUCCUCAAAAGUCAGGGUCUGUCAGAAUAAACGUGGUCGUUUUAGAUGCGAAUGACAACGCCCCAGUGUUCACCCAGUCCCUUUUUAGUGUAUCUAUACCAGAAAAUGCAGUAAAGGGCACUGUCAUUGUAAAAGUCUGCGCGACUGACAAUGACAAGGGAGCAAACGAAGAAAUCGUGUAUUCCUUCUCUCAUUACACUGACGAAGCAUCCUCCCUGUUUAAUAUUGAUCCACACAGCGGGGAUAUUACCGUAACUGGUGUUUUAGACUAUGAAAAAGCUAAACAUUAUGAAAUUGACAUCAAAGCAACAGAUAAAUGGGGCUUGGCAGACACAAGUAAGGUAUCAAUUGAGGUUGUAGAUCUGAAUGACAAUGCACCUGUCAUAAGCAUAAUUUCUUUAUCAAACCCAAUACCUGAAGAUUCUGCUUUGAAUACUGUUAUUGCAAUGCUUAACAUUAAAGACCUGGACUCGGGUAAAAACAGCCAAGUUAGAUGUUUUAUUAGCCCAGGUCUACCUUUCAAAAUGAAGUCUUCUACAACCAAUUUUUAUACUUUGGUGUCAGAUGACAUUUUAGAUAGAGAAACAGUGCCAGAAUAUAACAUAACAAUAACUGCAAUGGAUGAGGGUUCCCCACCCUAUUCCUCAAACAAGACCAUUAACUUAAAAAUUUCUGAUGUAAACGAUCAUGCCCCAGAGUUCCCACAACAUGUGUUAACAGCUUCCAUUACAGAAAAUAAUUCACCUGGUAUGUCCAUCCUCUCUGUCAAAGCCAGUGACAAAGACUAUGGAAGCAAUGCACGCAUUUCCUACUUCCUAGAGAAUAGUCAGUUAAAUGGAAUGCCAGCAUCAUCUUAUUUUUCAGUAAAUGCAGAGAGUGGAGAAAUACUUGCUGUGCGCUCCUUUGACUAUGAGCAAACAAAAGAGUUCUGUAUUCAUAUCAAAGCUCAGGAUGGAGGCUCUCCUCCACUCAGCAGCAACGUGACAGUGAAAAUCCGGAUCCAGGACCAGAACGACAACCCCCCUCAGGUCCUGUACCCAGUGCAGACUGGUGGCUCAGUGGUGGCUGAGAUGGUGCCUCGUUCAGCAGAUGUGGGCUAUCUGGUGACCAAAGUGGUGGCUGUUGAUGUGGACUCUGGACAGAAUGCCUGGCUCUCAUAUAAACUCCAGAAAGCCACAGACAGAGCGCUGUUUGAAGUGGGCUCACAGAAUGGAGAAAUCAGAACUAUCCGCCAAGUCAAUGAUAAAGAUGCAGUCAAACAAAGACUGACUGUUACAGUGGAGGACAACGGACAGCCCUCUCGUUCAGCUACAGUCAUUGUGAACGUGGCGGUGGCGGACAGCUUCCCUGAAGUGCUGUCAGAGUUCACUGACCUGAUCCACGACAAGGAGUACAAUGACAACCUGACUUUUUACUUGGUGUUGGCUCUGGCUGUAGUUUCCUUCCUGUUCAUCACAUGUGUGGUGGUGAUUAUCUCAGUGAAAAUCUACAGAUGGAAACGUGAGCGCGUUUUUUACAAAUCCAGUGCACAUCUCCCUGUUAUUCCAUAUUAUCCACCUCUUUAUGCAGAUGUAGGUGGCACUGGCACUGGCACAUUGAAGCCAGGAAGCUAUGAAGUGUACGGAACUACUGACUCCCGGAUGAGCGAUACUAAUUUCUCUGGACCUUUCACGCAAAGCACACUGAGCACUCUCAGUGAAUGA